CCGUUAUCCAAAAAAACACACUUCUCAUCAGUCCUUUCUUCUCGACAGAAAUGGCUGCUCAAUCCUUUACUUUGGCGAAUCUAAAGAUCUCCCAAAUCGAUUCUUUCAACAAUCAUAAACCAUCUUCUCCAUUACACUUCUUCUCCACGAGGAACACAUGGUUGGGCGGUGAUUCUUCUCUCUCCCUCGAGUCCUCCAUCUCCGUCCUACGAACCACGCGGCAAAGGAUCCCAAUCGCCGUCGUUGCCAGCUUACCCACCGCGAAUCCAGAAUCUGCGGUUUCUGAUGCGAAAAAGCCAAAAUGGUCAUGGAGAGGAAUCAAAUCAUUUGCAAUGGGAGAGCUGGAAGCUAGGAAGCUCAAGUAUCCCAACACUGGUACUGAAUCACUUCUCAUGGGUAUCUUGAUUGAAGGGACUAGUUUUACUUCCAAGUUUCUGAGGGCGAAUAAGAUAACGCUUCAAAAAGUUCGUGAUGAGACAAUCAAGUUACUAGGGAAAGCGGAUUUGUAUUUCUUCAGCCCUGAACACCCUCCUUUAACACAAGAUGCGCAAAGAGCUCUUGACUCUGCUGUCAAUCAGAAUCUUAAAGCAGGUGGUAUUGGGGAAAUAAUGCCGGCACACAUAUUGCUGGGGAUCUGGUCUGAAGUUGAAUCUCCAGGUCACAAGAUACUGGCAACUCUUGGUUUCACUGAUGAAAAAGCUAAAGAGUUAGAGUCUUUUGCCUCUGAAUCUGGAUUUUUAGAUGAAUAGUGUGUUGUUACAUUUAUGCCAUCUUAUUUUUCAUGUGGUCUCCAGACUCGUAGUUGCAGUUGGCAAUGAUGUUCUUAUCUGUUCAUUCUACUGUUCUUAAUCUCAGCUCUUUGCUUUUUCCUUGGAGACUUUAAGCACUUCCAAAGAGAAAUUACUUGCACUUGGAUCCUUCAGAUUUAUGUGUGAUCUUAUCACUAUUGGCAUUUUUUUCCGCAGCCUGAAUUUUUAUUUAGACGAGAAACGAUUACACAAUGUAAAUGUAUCACACGGUUAUUAACCAUCUGGAUCUAUCAUCAUGAGUUGUUUCGGCUCUUCUAUCAUCGCCUAGUGGGCCGACUAUAGAAUUUCC